UGUCGUAUUGUGGCCUUUGCGGUAUGCAAACUGGUCGAAGCUAAUGAAGUUCUUCAUAUAUUGAGAUAAUUCUUGUCUGUAUACAAGACGUUCAAAAACCCUCAUUAUUACAUUAGUCAGCGAAAUAGGCCGCAACUGUGUGCAAUUUUUAAAGUUGGGCUCUUUAGGCAAGGGAGUUAUGUCGGCCAAUUUCCAAAGAUCAGGCACAAUGUGAUUUUCCAAAGAACAGUUGAAAAUAUGGGUAACAACAGGAGCGAGGUCGUACGCAAACUCUUUUCCAAAACCAGUACGGGAUUCCAUCUGGACCAGAGGCAGUUCUUUUUAAUUUCAGUAGACUCCUGGUAACACUGGAGACCGUUAAAACAGGCAUCUCGCUUGAUUCGGGAUAGUGACAGUGUCAAUGGGUUUAUAAAGGGGAUCAGUGUUAAUGGAACAGAAAAAAUUAUUGAUCUCGCUCGGGGAGAUAAUUGAGCUUACUUGCGAGUUGGUAGACUUCCUUCCUGUCAGGGAAUUGACUGUUGACCACCAAGAUUUGGAUCCUGCACUAUGUUUCUCAAAAUUCCCUUUAACUGCUCGAACUUGAUUAUCUCUGAUCAACUUGUUGAUUUUCUCUUGAAGAGUUUGGAUCUCAAUCGAAACAGAAUUUCCUGACAUGUUACUUCGCCGAAUCAAUUUUCGCCGUUGGUCCAGUAGAUGUUUGAUUAGAGGAGAAAAGAACGGAGGGUCCCUAUUAGACACACGUACUGAUAUACCCGGAAAACACUCAUCAAAUAUGGUCUUAAUCUUGGUACAAAAAGAUUAAGUUUUCCAUUCACAUCUCCGCAUUGAUAAACAUUGUCCCAGUUAUGAAACUUCAACAGUUUAUCCAUAUCCAGUUUAUGAUGAUCACGAACAUCUCUGAACAUCACAGUUUUCCUUUCAGCCUUAAGUGGGAUUCUGGGAUAUACCAGGACCACAGAGUGGUCAGAUCGAACUAGUCCUUGAGUGACCGAUACUUUCCUCCAAAAAUGUGGGACGUUAGUAAUCAAAACAUCCAAGAUUUUGUUCUUUCUUGUCGGUGUAUUUACCAUCUGGAAUAAAUUUAGUUGUGUAAGAAAAUCAUUGUAAUCUAGCUGAUUGAGGUCACCACAAAUUAUAAGGUUGCUGUUAGGAUUACCAGUCAAUAAAUGAUCACAACUAUUUGUUAGAUGUUCCAAUAAAUCAUCAGGACAAUAUGGCGGAUCUGGAGGAUGAUAAACAGCAGCCACAUAAAAGCUUGAGUUGGGAGUUGUAAUUUUAGCCCACAAACAUUCAAAGGCAUUAUAAAAAACGCUGUCUAAUCGUUCCAACAACCAAUGGCUCCUACAGACAAUAGCAACACCACCGCCUGACCGGUCAGUUCUAUCCUUUCGCAAAAUUGAGUAAUCCUUCGGACAAACGAGAUGAGAUGGAAAAUUUGGUUUAAGCCAUGUCUCGGAGAUGAUGCAAAUAUCGCAGUUGUUUGAGUGCAAUUCCAUAUGCAAAGCAGAAGCAGCAUCAACUUUCACAAGUGAUCUUGCAUUAAUGACCAUACAUUUGGGGAUUAUUCGGGGUAAAGAAGAAGAGUGAGUAGAAAUGAAAUGCAAAUUUAUAUCCUUGGGUCGAAGUCGUGCGCGUUUGGUCGUUGAUAAAAAACAGUGGUCAGUGACACGAACUGGAAUCUUGUGAUGUUGUUGACGAGAUCCGAAUCUAGAAUUAACACCAGCUCUACGACCUCUAGCUCUAUAAAUUCCCAAUGACUUUAAGCGAUGAAUAAGAUAAUAAUCCAGUUUAACCUUAGGACAACAGGAGCGAAGUUGAAAUAAAUUACGUCGACUGAAAGAAAAUCUAGGUCUCGACAAAUCCAGGUGGACAAAGCAGGUUUUAACUUCUGCUAGUAACUGGCCAACGAGGGCAAUUCAUCCACCUACUAUCAUUAAAUGGAAUACAAUUGACAUCCCAGACUGCCUAUCUGUCACUAGAGGAACACACUAAGACAAGCAGACCCAACAAGGCAGCAGCUGCCGUAACAAUUACUGAAUUUACUCCUGACAGUAGAAUAUGUCUGCUCACGACUCUGAAAGCUUAUAUAAAGGAGACAGAAACACUACGGAAUGGAGAAAACAAACUGUUCAUAAGUUUCAUAAAACCUAACAAGGCUGUUUCAAGAGACACGAUUUCCAGGUGGACAAAGCAGGUUUUAACAACCUCUGGCAUAGACACAAAAAUGUUUACUUCACACAGUACAAGAGCUGCCUCAGCAACAAAGGCCCAUCAAAAAGAAAUCCCUCAAGAUACCAUACUGAACACAAUUGGUUGGGAAUCAGCAGAAACAUUCCGGAAAUAUUACCAUAAACCAGUGCUAGGCUCAAGAGGAGCAACACUAGCAGAAGCAGUUUUGUCUUAG